AUGGAAUCGAUUAUAUCAGCAUUGGAGUUUCGUCCUUAUGGGGUGUUCGAUGAUAGAAUCCAUGUGGUGGAUUUGAUUGCAAAGGAAUAUCUUGAAAAAGCAUCGGCGGACGCACAGCAUCUUAUUCCAGUCGAUGUUGAUGCUGAUGGAAAUGGUUUAUAUCAUUCUAUUAUUCUUUUGAUGAAUGACUCAACACUAACAGCAAGUGAAUUACGAGUUCGCACGAUUAUUGAACUUGUAAUAAAUGAAGCGUUUUAUUACAAUAUGUAUACGCAUCGGGCCGGGCUUAUUGAUAUAGCUAUUAAAGCUAUAUGCAAAAAUCGUACAUAUUCGGGGAUUAGUCCUGAAAAGAAAACAUUUAAGAACAAUGCAGUCGCUCAAAUACGCAUUCCUGAAUUUGAAUCUUCUCCAAGCAGACGUGUACGUAGCGAUAUCAAUAUUGAAAGUGAACGCACUAAAGCAAUCAGUUCUUCAACUUCAAAGUCGUCUUAUUUCUAUUACGAAAAUGAUAUUAUUCUCUAUGUCAACGGCAUAUAUCAAGAAAAUAAUGUAAAUAUGUGUAUACUUUGUCAAAAAUGUAGUAAUGGUUUAUCGAAAGAACAUAUUCCUAAGUUUUCAGUAGCAAACAACAUGUGGUUAGGUGAUGUGCCUCUUGAGUUACAAGGGCUAACCAUCCCAGAAGAAAAAUUGAUAUCAUUACACCGUCACAACAGUUGUAUAAUAAAACUGCAGUCACCUUUUCAUUCAAUGGCGACUGCUGAAGGUGCAUUAAAAAGCAAUUGUAUUACAUUUCUUCAAAAUACACCAAACAUUGUUAAUAGUCUACCACUUAAACUGGCCGAUCUGUGUGACACUCUCAAAGUGAUUUUUAUUGGAGCUCGUCCUCCAGAGCGUCUUCAACUCAAAAGAAUUCUUACAGUGCGAAAGAAAAAGAUUGUUGAAGCGCUGCGUUGGUUGAAAAAAUAUAAUAUACUUUAUAAGAAUAUCGAUAUAAAUCUAGAUAAUAUCGCACAACUACCUGAAGAUGAUAUACCAGAAUCUAUAAUGACUACAAUGGAACAGAUAUUAAAUGAUAAAGAAGUACCAUCUGAAAGAGCUGGAUAUAUUCCUGAUCCAUUAUCUAACUCAACAGAAUUGAAUAUCUCAGAUGUCAUUCCUGUUAAUAACAGUGCUGUUCUUGACGUGAAUGGUUCGUCGAUAUCUUCCGAGGAAAUAAAUAAUUAUCUUCUAAAGAAAAUCAAAAACGAUGGAACAAAUGAUGAAAUGGAUGUUGAAAAUAUUUACUUAAUUCCUCAUUCUUCCAAACCUGUCAAUGAAUAUUUUAAUCCAAAACUAUUAGCAGGUCUCUAUCCAACGUUAUUCUGUUAUGGACUUGGAGCACCUGAAGAUCGAACACGGCCACUCACCAUAAAUUUACGAGAACAUAUACGUUAUCUUUUAUGCUACAAUGAUCGACGUUUUGAAACAAAUCAUAGUUUUAUAUUUGUAGUCUUUAAUUUAUUGCAAAGACGUGAUGCAUGUUUCCAUGCUCAACUUAUAGCAACGAAACCUUAUUUUCGAUCUUCCGCUCAAGAAAUUCACUCAUUGAACACUAGUGAUAUUGAGGCAGCUCUUAAAAACAUUUCUACAGGAACAUACAAUAAAGGAUCUAACAAGGCUUUAGGUAAACUGGUAAAUCAUAUUAAAACAAUCGGCGGUCGAGUGAUGGGUUCAGCAUAUUCACGUACAUCUUUACGUACACAUCUUCAUGCAAUGAUUUUUAAUCAAAGUCUGCACAAUAUAUUUCUCACCCUCAAUCCAGCUGAUAUUCACAGUCCCGUAGCAUUAUAUUUUGCAGGUGUGAAACUUGAUUUGGACAAUGUCCAAGCCAAACAACUUAUGGACGCAUACAAACGUGCCGAAAUUAUCGCUUCUCAUCCUGUUGCUACUGCUAAAUUUUUCCAUAUAUUGAUUUCUAAUAUCUUAGAUACACUGAUUCUUGGUGGUGUAGUCGGUCCUGUGAAAGCAUAUUUUGGUACUGUUGAAAGUCAAGGACGAGGUUCACUUCAUUUGCAUCUCCUUAUUUGGCUUAAUCAUGACUUGAAGCCAGCUGAUAUGAAGAACAAGAUUCAAGAUGCAAGUUUUCGUGAAAAUUUGAUAGCAUAUUUAGAAGAUAUCAUCAAAGAAGAUCUGGAUGAAUUCAAAGAUGAAUGUGUCUUCGACAAUUUAGAUGGUAUAAGAGAUUUCUUUAAUUUCAAUAUCGCAUUCUUCUUCUAUAUUGCAGCGCCAAGAUCAUUCAAUACUCCAACACGAUUAUCAAGUGAUAAUAUUUAUGCAGCUUUACGUACUAUUGAUUUAGCAGGUUUAGAAGAAAAUACAAAUGAAAAUGGUAUUCGGUUGACGCCGAUGAAAGACCAAUCUUCUCCAUCAAUUCCUUAUGCUUCUCCGCCAAAUCUGCGUGGCUCUCUAUCAAUUCCUUAUGCUUCUCCACCAAAUCUGCGUGGCUCUCCAUCGAUUCCUUAUGCUUCCCCACAACGCACUGAAUUAUUACAAACACAAAUACACGAUCAAUCAAUAUCUAGUAUGAUUUAA